AAGAAUUGAAAGAUGAGAAGAUGUCACCUGGAAGGCUGGAACUAUGGCAGGAGAAGAUAAAUCAAAAAUCAAUUGAUGUAAUUUAGAAACAUGAAAAGUAAUCAUUUAAUGAUAGAUAAAAGACCAGUUGAACCAUGUUGUCAAAAAAAAAAAGACCAGUUGAACCUAAUAAUUUUCUUCCCCGCGUUAUUGUCCCAAUCCCAGCACGAUCCACGUCUUUUCCACAGUUUCGAGGGUGAACUUUUCUACUCCGCGUUAUUCCCCAACUCCCAGCACGAUCGACGUCUUUUCCACAGUUUCACGGGUGGCUGGCUACUGAUUUUAUAUAUGUGUGUGUUUUGCUAAGUUAAUAACUGCAAGUCUGCAACAAUCCAGUACCUAUAGAUACUUGUACAUCAGAGUAAUCUCGACAUUCUCUUGUCUUCACUAAGAUUCUUAUCCAAGUUCAGAUUAGCUCGAGUAUAAAGUAAAUGGCGGCUGUUGGAUUAGUCUCUCUACUACUGUCGAAAUACUCAAGUUCCGAUAAGGAUGGAACCAACGAACCAAACCUGAUUUCUUACACAACCGCUUGUGAAGAAGAUCCAGAGCUCAAAUCCUUUGGUUCUUCGCUUGACCAACGAUUUAGCAAAUUGAAUGGCUCCCUCACUACUGAAUUUUUUUCCCUAAACGCAGUCAAGUCGGUGUGCGGGUUUCUAGUUGAAAUGAACCAAAAUUUGGCGGAGAGCAUUAUCGCCAACGUAGAUUUAUUGAAGAACGAAGAACUAAGGUCUUUGGUCGAUCUCUAUUAUGAGAGUUCCACUAGUACUUUAGAUCUAUUUAAUACAGUGGGGAACUGCACCAAUAAAGCAAAAUUAAGCAUUCUGAUCAUUCGAAUCGCGAUCCAACAGUUUAAAAAAGAGUCCAUGGACACAGAGAUUGGAGGAAACAAGAAGAAGUACGCCGAAACGUUAGAGGAGCUGAAUAACGUCAAAGCUAGGGGAGAUCCUUUUGGUGACGAGUUCAAGGAUCAGUUGAAGUCUGUACGCGCUGAGCACCUUAAGCUUUUAGAGAAGGUCCAUGAGCUGGUGAUGAAGCUUGAGAAACAACAGGGUAAAUUAAAGAGAAGGAGGAGAUUGAUGACUAUUUUUUUCUCUACCAUGGUUUUUUCUUUUUUGGCCGUAGAGAUGUGUUCAAACAUAGUAGCCGUACCUUCAUUGGCGCAAGGUACUGCGUUUGGGUUGAACCUCCUGAUGGCACCUUUAGGACUAUAUCUCAACGAGAUGAUGAAGAACCGUGAGAAGAAUUUGUAUAGACAGAAAGAGGUGGCCAAUAUUAUGGAGAAAAAUACUAAUGUCAACAUCCAAUGGACAAAAACGAUAAAUAGCCUAGUCGGGAAGCUUACUACGAGUCUCUCAUUGAUUUUGGGGUCUAUGGAGCUUGCUGUUGUGAAAAGAGAAGAGGAGGCCGCAAAACCUCUGGUGGAAGCAAUCCUUAAGGAAGUGGAUGCGUUUGCUAGUACAAUUCAGGAAUUUGGUGAAGCUGUGGGUAAGUGUAUCUCAUGUGUCGCUUCUGGGAAACUACAAGUUCUGGAACACAUAACCAAAUCAAUGUCAUCGUAAGGGAAUAAGAAGUAAACUAUCCAACGUAUUUAUACUUUUAUAUUAAUGUUCGAAGU